GUCUGAAGGCGGAGCUUUAGCAGUUGGCAGUAGCAGUUUUUGCCCGCAUUUUCCACGGAGACUUGGUGGGAGUUUAAUAGAGAACUGCAAAAAUGGAAGUCGCUGCUCCUGUUGCUGAAGAUGGAAAGAGUCGCAGUGAUGUAUUGCUCUUCAACCGGUGGACUUAUGAUGAUGUUCAGGUCCCUGACCUCUCUGUGGAGGAUUACAUAACCGCCACUGCUUCCAAACACCCAAUAUAUAUGCCUCAUACGGCGGGAAGGUACCAAGCGAGGAGAUUUAGGAAGGCCCAGUGCCCAGUUGUCGAGCGCUUGACCAACUCCCUUAUGAUGCAUGGGAGGAACAACGGUAAGAAACUGAUGGCUGUUCGCAUAGUCAAACAUGCAAUGGAGAUCAUCCACCUAUUAACCGAUGCUAAUCCCAUUCAAAUUAUUGUCGAUGCUGUUAUCAACAGUGGACCAAGAGAAGAUGCAACCAGAAUUGGUUCUGCUGGUGUCGUUAGGCGUCAGGCGGUUGAUAUUUCUCCUCUAAGACGUGUGAACCAGGCCAUCUAUCUUCUCACGACCGGUGCUCGUGAGAGUGCAUUCAGAAAUGUCAAGACAAUUGCUGAAUGCCUUGCUGAUGAGCUCAUCAAUGCUGCCAAGGGCUCCUCAAACAGCUAUGCUAUUAAGAAGAAGGAUGAGAUCGAAAGGGUUGCAAAGGCUAACCGUUGAGGAAAGCAUCUCAUGUGGUUUUUUUGGUAGCUAUGUUUUGAAAACAGUUGGCAAUGAUACUUAUUUAUUGUGUUUUGAAAACAGUUGGCAAUGAUACUUAUUUAUUAUGUUUUGAAUAGAUUCUUGAAUGUUUUUUUGGUGUUGGAAAUUCGAGCCGUACAUUUCAUGUUUUGA